AUGACCGAUGUCGAGUUCAUGGCGAGCGAUGUGCCCAACAUCUUUGACAUGGCCCGCUUCAAGAAGGGCUUCAGCAUUGACAUCACGCGGUACGAGGGCAACGACAUGACCUUCCACAUGAAGGGCAUCAGCUGUGCGGUGGCCAACUCGCUGCGGAGGAUCAUGUUGGCUGAGACUCCGACAGUUGCCAUCGAGCACGUCUUCAUCCUGAACAAUACCAGCCUCAUCAGCGACGAGAUGCUCUCCCAUCGGCUCGGUCUGCUGCCGCUGAAUCUACACCCCAGAUAUCUCAAGUACCGGCUGGAUGGAGAGCCUGCCACCGAAUUGAACACGGUGAUCCUAAAAAUGAAGCUCUCCUGUCACUAUCAGCCAGAUGGCACCCUGAAGAAUGAAAAGGUGUAUGCCGAGGCCUUGAAGUGGCUGCCACAUGGAUCAGAGAUCCCAGACGAGACGGGGUGCAAAUUUGUCCGGCCGCAAGUCAAGUUCAUGCCGGGUGUCGACCCCGUGAACGCCGACAUCCUCUUGGCCAAGCUCCGGCUGGGCCAGCAGAUAGAGCUGGAGGCACACUGUGUCAAGGGAGUUGGGGAGGAGCAUGCAAAGUGGUCGCCAGUGGCGACUGCAUGGUACCGCUUCAUGCCAGAGGUGGUACUGCUGCAGCCUGUGAAGGACGAGCUCGCCAAAGAGCUUGCAGGGGAGCUCCCUGGGCUCAUAACUGUUGACUCCGACGGGUCUGCAGUGGUUAAUGAUCCAUUGGAGCACGACGUCCUCCUCGAAAAGGUUCGGGCGAUGAGUGGCGAGCCCAAGUGGCAGGAUGUGCUGCAGCUGCGCAAGGUCAAGGACCACUUCAUCUUCACCAUCGAGUCGACGGGGGCAUGGAGGCCGCACGAGAUCUUCGAGUAUGCGGUCAAGCUCAUGAUGGCCAAGUGUGACAAGGUGCUGGAGGGGCUGCAGAAGUACCCGCCGCCCUCCGACCUCGGAGCAGAGGAGUGGAUGGAGGAUUAG